UUAGUGUCGCUACUGUAAAAGCGCAAUGACAUCUAGUUACAAGGAUGUCCGAGAUCUUUGACAGUCAUCAACAUUAUACAAUAGUAAGCGAUAUAGGAAGUACUCAAGAACGAAGUGGGACUCAUCCUCGAAUUGUCAGCGUAGUAACUUGCUAAGAGCAUGUUAUUCGGUAUUGAGAAUAAAGACUUAUUAUUAAUUCGUCGCAGUGUUCAACAGACAGUACAGAAUUGCCAUAAAUCUGCGUAGUAAAUAUUAUAGCAUGUAUUACUUUAUAGCGUGUCUAUUACUGAAAUACGAGAUAACAGGUACAGUUUAAUUUCGGAACAGUGCUCAAAAUAAAAUUCGUUGAACAUUCUGUAAGAAAAAUCUGCUAGAAGUGUCUACUUCAUGCUUUUCGCAACAUGCAGUCGAGCUUUAUCAUGAAAAAUGACUUUGCAUUGAUUGUUGGUCACGGAUGGUCUUUUUUUCAUCAACUCGUCAUUCAAUUAAAAUUAAUGUUGAUAGCGAUCAACUGUAACGAUUUCAUUUGGAAGCAAGAACUCAUAAUACAGCACACCCCCCUAAUUCCAUCAAAUGCAGAGCAAGGGACGUUCUUUGUCUCUCACGUCAAAAUCACCGUUUCGGAAGUGUUCAAACCAAACUCUACAUGUUCUUCCGAUGGAGUUUCAUCACCAUACACUUUGAAUAAUAAGCAAUGCGCUUCAGCUGCAGUUUUCUUGUUCUUAUCAAACAAUAUCAGAGGUAAAAAACGGGCGACUUCACCAUCGGAAACUCACCAGCGUUAGAUCCGACACCCUAACAUGAACGGCAGAAAUUAAUUAAGUUUACUAU